CUGACGUCCAUACAUAGUACUCUCCAUCGAAUAAUAUACAUUAAACUGAAUUAAUUAUUCAUAACUUUCAAACUCCCGACACAAAGCUAUUCGUUUUAUUUGUAAAGUGGUGUGAGUGGUUUUCAAAGAAAAUGUUGUUGAGAAGCUCCUUAUAUUUCCAACCAAUGUUGUCAUAGCAACUUUUAUCUUGGAAUCACUCGGCCAACAAAAGAAUACAGUUGAGAGCCAGACACAAAACCAUGGUAAGAACAAACUAAAGAGCAGGUUGAGAAUUUGAACAGUUUAGUUUUUGUGAAAUAUGCAAAUAUUAGGGAUUAAACUAUGAUAAUGAACUGGUGACGGUAGCCCUACCUCAAUAUAUUUUUAUGAUAUGUUAAAAAAAAUGUUUUCUUCAAAAAAUGGAAGAGAUGAAUUUCACAAAGAUGUGAAGAUUGUUUCUCUGGAGGGAUACUGGGCCUAUUUGGUAAACUGCUCUCAGUCUCUCAUACUGGAUCAUGGCUGCUGGACAUCAGAGAGUGGGAAAGACCUGAAGGACAUUAUAAUGGUCAGAUUGAGCAGUUUGCUUUUAAAGAGUCUGGAUCAGAUUGGAUCUUGCAGAGCACUGCGAAUUUGCUUCUUGGCGGACAACUUUCUGACCAGGAUCGAAGCUCUGAUGGAAUGCACUCGCUUGGUGAAGUUGGAUCUGAAAGGAAAUCAGAUUGUUCAGCUCCCCGAUGCUUCAUGUUGGAGUCAUCUGAAAGAAUUGCAGCUUCUAUAUCUACACGACAACAACAUGUCAACUUGGAACAAUAUUAAAGGCCUGUCUGGCUGUUUAAACCUGACUGCUUUAACUCUCUGUGACACCCCGCUCAGUUUAAAGAAGAGUUACAGACACUGUCUGGUCAACAGUAUAUGGUCACUGAAGGCCUUGGACAACUUUGUUAUCUCUGAUGAGGAAAUCAUUCAAAACUGGUCUCUUCCUAUUCGAUUCAAGGCCAUGAAUCAACACUUUUAUGUCAGUUUGUACCAAACUAUAAAGUCGGUUAGUGCUCAUUAUUUAUCCUGGUCUUCGUUUGUUGUGUUUACUGCUAUGUCUAAGUGCAAAAAAAAUAAAAACAACAACAUAGUUAUACAGAAUGCUGCAAGUGUUAAAUCAAAGGACAGUCAACAAGACAUAAAAGCACCAUGCAACACUCCUCAGUGCAGUCAAAGUCUGAAAUCUAAGGCCCAUCUAAACACACUUGACCCAGAUAUCAGUGUGACUGCUGAGGUCUGUAAUGAAGAAACUGAAGAAGGAACCUUUCGUGUUUUGGGACUAAAAGCUUUGGUCCACCAGAGUGAGCCACUGAGUGACAUGUUGUGGUCCCGUAAAGCUGCAGGACAGGACGUACGUGAGGCCAUCAGCCAUUUUCACACUCAGAGACCAGGUCCACAGCCACACUCUUCUGCAACUAUUCCAGGGAAGCGCCUGAUUGGCUGUUGCCAUGACAAAAUCAGCCUCACCCCCUUCGAAGUCAUUGAAAGAGUCCAUCAAGCAUUUGAUAAAGCCAGAAUGCAGAGACACCUUGAAGAGAAGGUAACGGAGCGCCAGAUAGACCGUGAAGUAGCCAAGGGCCGCCGAGACAUCUUUACAGAAGCUCGAAGGACAGAUAUACGUCUGCGGCAGGAGCGGGAACGAGUGGAUAUGGAGAAAACUCUUACUCUACAGAGAGCCAAGCUGGAGCAGGACAUCCAUCAUGCACGUCAGAAACAUGCCCGCUUUUUGGAAGAGAAGAGGAUGAGGAUCCAGGAGCAAGAGAUGGUUUGCAGUUUCAGCCAACAGCACAACUCUCUAGCGAGGGCCAUGCUUAGAUACCACACAUGGAAACGUGGUAACCAGCAAUGAAUGCAUGAAUGUUUUUAACCAAACUCUCAGUUUAACAUGACAUUUACACAUUGGUUAGUUAGAACCCUUUGUGUACACAUUAGCUUCAAAAACAGAAUAUACUGUGCUAUAGUAUAGAAUAGUCUAAUAAUAUAUUACAGUACUCACUAUACUAUUUAUGCAAAGAUUAUAUUAUAGACAUUGAGAUCUGCUCCUCUUUUCAAAAUCAAAAAUAUUGCAUAACAGAAAUACCCCCCCCCCCUCAUAAAAACUCCCCUAA